AUGAGGCAUUCCUGGCGGCAUUUGGUCUGCAUUGCGGAGAACGACAGCUUGGCUGGAAGGCUGAACAUUGUGCUGGCGAUCAAGGAUGUCGUCCCAUGCGACAGGGCGUUCACUGAUAUGAGCUUAACGGUCGACGAGGUCAUAGACGCGCUGGCAAAGAUCAUCAAGUCUCCAUUCUGCCCUCAGGCAACCAAGGCCGGCAUGGUCGCCACCUAUCACCUGGUGCUAUACAUUGAGCGCAUCGCGGUGCGCCUUGCCACCGCGGGGCUCGUCCCCAUGCUUGUAGAGGCUCUUGUAGACGCCGACAAGAGCAUGUCCGGGAAGGCACUGGUUGUGCUCGACGCGGUGCUAGCCUCGGAGGAAGGCCGCAGGCACACACGCUCGCGGUGCCCAUGGUUUGUCAAGAAGAUGACUGAUUUACCCUUAUUUGAAAAUAAAAUAUAA